AUGGCUAUCCCCACGAUUCCCGCUGGGCUUCCCGUGUCAAAUCCCCCCGUGCCCGAGGAGCCCAUCGAUAUCGAGGCCUGGACCGAGGAGGCAUCGCAGGCCCUCGGCGCCAUCCACAUCACGCCCCCAGUCGCGCGCACUGCGCCGCCUCCCGCCCCUCGCCCCACGACUGUCACGCUGGACAUCCCGCUUGAUGACCAUGUGCAGCCGCGCGCCCAGAGCGGCGAAAAUGGCGACAGCACUGCCGCCCAAGCCGUCAGAUCUGGUUACACGCGCAGACGCGAGCCUCUCCGGCGCGACAGUCUGAAGCGCCGCGAGGCUCUCCUCAAGGGCAAGGAGGGCAGUCGCCAGCGUCGCCGCUGGGAGAAUGACCGCCUCCUCAAUAACCCCCACGCCCAGCCGCCGCUUCCUAGUGAUUGGGAGGCUCGUCCGCAGUACCAGUUCCAUUACGUGCCCUACGCAGUCGCAUCGUAUUGGGACAAGGAGCUGGCUGCGCGGAACGCAGCGCGCAACACCAAGGGAGUCAAGCCGACGGUGAGCAAGGAGGAAGAAGCGGCGGCGGAGGCGCUGAAGGAGGUACGUGAGCGUCUUAGGAAGAAGCGUGCCGCUCGCAGCAUGCUGGAGGACAUUGAGCGCGAGGUGCGCAAGUUUGUCGAGAAAUGGGAGGCCAAGGCGCGGAAGGACGAGCAGGACGACCUGAUUGAUCCCGACUCUGAGGACGAGCAGAUCGUAUUUGUCGGUCGCAACGGCCAGAUGAGCGACAUGCGUGCGGCCGAGGACGAGCUGCAGAAGGACUUGAUGGUUUUUGACAGCUUGGCGAACGACCGCAGUGCUGCGUUUGGACGAUGGCUUGUCCAUUCAAUUGCCGCCUACUAUGGCCUCGAGACCUGGUCCGUCACCACUGGCACACCUGCCAAGCGGGAAGCAUAUAUUGGCAUCAAGGAAAAUAGCCUCCGCCCAAUAGCACCCACCAACUCUUCCAGAAGUUCCAACAUCGCAGCACGAUUCAUUCAUAGAAAAUUCCAUCGCUCAAACCCGGCCGACAUGUGCCAACUCUGCCAGCUUAUCACUAUCUCGGACCGCGAUCGUUGGCCAAAAUCCUUCAACCCCACGCUCUCCUCCUUCCGCGACAUCAUCCAGCGCACCCACGCAGAAGUCGAAUCGUACAACACCGCCAUCAACUCCACCAACGAAGCCGAAGGAACAAAGCGAGACGACCUCCGCAACAGCCUAAUCACCACCACGCGGCUCGUGCGCGCAUCGCUCGACGUGCUCGACGAGGAGCAGAAGGAUUGGUGGCGGGCCAAGGCACCGCAGCGGCGCCAGUUCACCGAGGCGUGCGACGAGGAGAACCUACGAAGCCUGCACCUCAUUCACAACAGGAUCGUCGCGAUGCUGAGGGAUAUGCGGGCGAAGUUGGGAGUGUGGGCCAGGUGGGGGCUGGGGAUUGGGGAGGAGGAGUUGGAGGUUGAGUAG